GUUGGUGAUGUCCUGGUGGCUGCGGGCGUCAUAGCCUACCUAGGGCCCUUCACGUCUGUCUACCGAGACGAGUGCAUUAGGGAGUGGCUGCAGCUUUGCACGGAUUAUAAGAUAACCUGUUCCAGCACAUUUACCCUCACACAGUGUCUGGGCGAUCCAGUGAAGAUACAGGCCUGGAAUAUCUUCGGACUGCCUCGAGAUGCUUUCUCCAUUGACAACAGCGUGAUUGUUGCCAGUGCUAGACGAUGGCCUUUGAUGAUCGAUCCCCAAGGACAAGCUAAUAAGUGGAUUAAAAAUAUGGAGAAAGAGGCCGGCAUUGUGGUCGUUAAGCUGACUGACUCGGACUACAUGCGGAAGAUGGAAAACAGCAUUCAAUUUGGCAUUCCAGUUCUACUGGAAAACGUUGCAGAGGAACUGGAUCCCGUCUUGGAGCCGUUGCUCCUUAGACAGACUUUUAAACAAGGUGGUGUGGACAUGAUAAAACUAGGAGAGAACACCAUUGAGUACUCCAAGGACUUCCGAUUUUAUAUUACAACGAAACUACGCAACCCGCAUUAUCUUCCUGAAGUGGCUGUCAAGGUCUCCCUCUUGAACUUCAUGAUCACUCCAGAAGGUUUGGAGGAUCAGUUGCUUGGUAUUCUGGUAGCAAAGGAGAAGUAA